AUGCCUCCUGAAAUAGACAUAACUUUACCAAUAAAUGGAUAUGAGAAAAUCGACCAAUCAUUAUCUGAUCAUGAUCAGAAUAUAAUACGUAUUAAGAAAUAUCUUCUUAUCCUUCUUUUUAUACAAUUAUUUGUAUGUAUUAUUACUUUUGGUGUUGGCUCUUCUGCAAUAUUAUUUGGAAAUUCUGUUGAUAUUUCAAAUGGAAUUAGAUUAUUGAUACUAGGGAUUGUUUUAACUCUCUAUUAUAUAUUUGGUCUUGUAGUUACAUAUAAACAACAUCGAAUUGGAUUACUUAUAUUUGCAUCAAUUGGAGUGAUUCUUUGUAUAGCAAUAUGCAUCUUUUUUGGUUAUAUUAUCUUAGUUAUUAGGGCAUUAACUGUUGCUUUUAAUGCUACUAGUCAAGCGUAUCCAAUCAUUGUACUUUUUGGAAUUUUCUUUGUAGUGAUGGCAUCUGCUAUGAUUAUGUCUGUGAAAUUCUCUUUCAAUUUGGCAAAAUUGAUCAAAACGAAUCAGUAUUCGACUGCCUAA